CUUGGAAAGAACCUACUCCGUAUGUCGUGAAUAAUUCAUGGCAUGUUGUCUGAUAGAUGAAUGGUGUCACGUGUAAGAGCCCUCGGCCCCACCAAGCAAACAAUGCAAAAUUAUUUUGGAUAGCAUCAUAAUUGCGGAGGGGUAAGAAGAGCACGGCGAACUUCUUCAGUGCUUGUUAACAUCUCCUAAAGAAGAGGCUUCUACUGAGCUAUUAUUGAAUUUACAAGAUAGCAAAUAUUUUAAGAAACAAAAGCACCAUGGCGCCACGCUCGCAACUGGAGAUCGCUACUUCGUCUGUCUUGCGUCUGGUGAAGGAAGAAGCAUCCUACCACCGCGAAUUGCAAGAACAGACAGAGCGCAUUAAGAAACUAGAGAGUCAACAGGGCGGUGAUGACGAGAACAAAGAGUAUAUGUUGAGACAGGAGCAUCUUGCACUUGAAGAAACUAAGAAGGUCCUCCCAAGCUUAAAGCAGAAGCUUGAAGAGUCGAUAGCGAAGGUUCAGGGUCUCCUGACCGAGGAGGGCAACAAAGGGCCCGAGAGUAACGUCGAGCAAAUCAAUGCUGCCAAGGAUGCUAUAUCAAAGGCCAGGACAGCUGAGCGAGAGAUCGCUUGAGGACCAUCAGCUGAGGACGUCAAUUGGACAUCAGUGCAAAAUAUGCUACCAUGCUAAUGAUACAACCACCUAAUAUCACAAAUGAAAAGAUAUAUUAUAAAU